GACUACACUCGACAUCUUCUCUUUCUUCACCUCCAUCCAUCCACAUAAUCAUGGCUGAUCCCAGCGGUGCUGCUCCCCAACCAGGCCCAAAUGAUAUUUCCACUGCCAUCCUACGCCCAAAGAAGUCGCCCAACCGUCUGGUGGUUGACGAGGCGUCAUCGGAUGAUAACUCUGUGGCGACCCUGAACCCCGCAACGAUGGAGACUCUUAAUCUCUUCCGUGGCGACACGAUCAUUGUAAAAGGAAAGAAGCGAAGAGACACCGUCCUCAUCUGCUUAAGUUCAGAUGAAGUCGAGGAGGGCCGCAUCCAGAUGAACAAGGUCGCGCGCAACAACCUCCGCGUCAAGCUCGCCGAUCUUGUCAGCGUUCACCAAUGCCUCGACAUCAAGUACGGCAAGCGUAUCCACGUCCUCCCCUUCGACGACUCGAUCGAGGGUCUCAGCGGCAAUAUCUUCGAUGUCUACCUCAAGCCCUACUUCCUUGAAGCAUACCGCCCAGUGCGCAAAGGCGACACUUUCCUUGUUCGUGGUGGCAUGCGGACGGUGGAGUUCAAGGUCAUCGAGACCGAUCCCGCUGAGUUUUGUAUUGUUGCCCAGGACACCGUUAUUCACACUGAGGGUGACCCAGUAAAGCGCGAAGACGAGGAGGCCAAUCUCGCUGACGUGGGUUACGACGACAUCGGUGGCUGCCGCAAGCAGAUGGCCCAGAUUCGCGAGCUCGUCGAGCUUCCCCUCCGCCAUCCUCAGCUCUUCAAGUCCAUUGGUAUCAAGCCCCCGCGAGGUAUCCUCAUGUACGGCCCGCCCGGUACCGGUAAGACGCUCAUGGCUCGAGCCGUCGCGAACGAGACUGGCGCGUUCUUCUUCUUGAUCAACGGUCCGGAGAUCAUGAGCAAGAUGGCGGGUGAGAGUGAGAGUAACUUGCGAAAGGCGUUUGAGGAGGCGGAGAAGAAUUCACCCGCUAUCAUCUUCAUUGAUGAAAUUGAUUCAAUCGCGCCCAAGCGUGAAAAGACGAACGGAGAAGUCGAGCGUCGUGUCGUCUCGCAGUUGCUCACCCUCAUGGAUGGUCUCAAAGCCCGCUCGAACGUCGUCGUCAUGGCUGCCACCAACCGUCCCAACUCCAUUGACCCCGCCCUCCGUCGCUUCGGUCGCUUCGACCGUGAAGUCGACAUCGGUAUCCCGGACCCCACCGGCCGUCUCGAGAUUCUUCGUAUUCACACGAAGAACAUGAAGCUUGCCGACGAUGUCGACCUUGAGCAGAUCGCUGCCGAUACCCACGGCUACGUCGGCUCCGAUGUUGCUGCCCUUUGCUCAGAAGCUGCCAUGCAGCAGAUCCGUGAGAAGAUGGACCUCAUCGACCUGGACGAGGACACCAUUGACGCGGAGGUGCUCGACUCGCUCGGUGUCACGAUGGAGAACUUCCGGUUCGCACUUGGCACGUCCAACCCGUCUGCGCUCCGCGAGACCGUCGUCGAGGUGCCCACCGUUACGUGGGACGAUAUUGGUGGUCUCGAGAAAGUCAAGCUCGAGCUCCAGGAGACCGUGCAAUACCCCGUCGACCACCCCGAGAAGUUCCUCAAGUACGGUAUGGCGCCCUCGAAGGGUGUUUUGUUCUACGGUCCCCCGGGUACGGGUAAGACGCUAUUGGCGAAGGCUAUCGCCAAUGAGUGCAAUGCCAACUUCAUCAGUAUCAAGGGCCCUGAACUCCUCACCAUGUGGUUCGGUGAAUCCGAGGCCAACGUCCGUGACGUUUUCGACAAGGCUCGCGCCGCCGCACCAUGCGUGAUGUUCUUCGACGAGUUGGACUCGAUCGCUAAGGCCCGUGGUGGCUCAUCGGGUGAUGCCGGCGGUGCGGGCGACCGUGUGCUCAACCAGAUAUUGACGGAGAUGGACGGCAUGAACUCGAAGAAGAACGUGUUCAUUAUUGGCGCGACCAACCGUCCCGACCAGAUCGACUCUGCCCUCCUCCGUCCGGGCCGUCUGGACCAGUUGAUCUACAUCCCGUUGCCGGACGACAGCUCGCGCCUGCAGAUCCUCAAGGCGUGCCUCAAGAAGUCGCCGAUAGCGCCCGAGGUGAACCUGGAGUUCCUCGCGAAGCAGACGCACGGCUUCUCGGGUGCAGAUCUGACAGAGAUCUGCCAGCGUGCAGCGAAGCUCGCGAUCCGGGAGAGUAUCGAGUCGGACAUCCGGCGGCUGCGUGAGAAACGCGAGAAGGAGGAGGCUGCCGAGGGCGGGGAUGCGAAGAUGGAAGAGGACGUCGAGGAGGAGGACCCCGUGCCCGAGAUCACGAGGGAGCAUUUCGAGGAGGCGAUGAAGUAUGCGAGACGGUCGGUGUCGGAUCAGGAUAUCAGGCGGUACGAAAUGUUCUCGCAGAAUCUGCAACAAUCCCGUGGAUUCGGCAACAACUUCCGCUUCCCCGAGGGCGAGGGUCAGCCUGGCGCCGGCGGCAACGCCCCCGCUCCGUCGGGCAACGCGGGCUUCGCGGACGACACCCAGGACGACGACUUGUACGCUUAAGCGGCGGUAUAACGCAUGAUCGAUGUACGGCGGCUGAUGAUUAGACUGCAUGAUUCAUAACUUUCCCUUCGCAUAGCCCCAAACUUGUAUCAUACAUUAGCUUCUUUGAAUGUGAC